AUGCCGUCCUACCCACGGCGUCUGUCGGAGGAGGACAUGUGUCCAGUGAAGUCGAGGCCAGCGAGGGCCAGGGAGACUCUUGAACAGAGAACUGGGGAGUCCAAGCGGCCCUCCCUGGAGGCGCAGCAGUUGAGCACGCCUCGGGCCACUGUGAGUGGAAGCCAGCUGCAGGGCACCCAGCACCGGCCCCAGGCCCCCGGCUAUGGGGUGCUCAGCCCAGGCGCAGGAGAGAUGGAUGAAGCCGACUCCGGGUUUUUGAAAUUGAGGCAGGCAGCCGACGACGCCCUGUCGCUGACGUCUUCGAACGCCGAGCCAAUCUUCUUGGAAGAUCCCUUCGUGGCCUCCCUGAGGGGCGAGCUCGAGGCCGACGCCCACGAGCUGGAGGCCGAGUCCUGGAGCCUGUCCGUGGACCCCGAGUACGUGAAGCAGCAGAAGCGGGAGGUGGUGAAGAGACAGGAUGUGCUGUACGAGCUGAUGCAGACGGAGGCACACCACGUGCGCACGCUCAAGAUCCUGCUCAAGGUCUACUUCCGGGCCCUGCAAGAGGAGCUGCAGGCCGGCUGCAAGGCCAUCAGCCAGCUCUUCCCCUGCGCAGACGACCUGCUGGACAUGCACGGCCAUUUCCUUGCCCGCCUCAAGGAGCGCCGCCAGGAGUCUCUGGAGGAGGGCAGCGACCACAAUUACAUCAUCCAGAGAAUCGGGGACCUCCUGGUGCAGCAGUUUUCCGGCGAGCGCGGAGAGAGGAUGAAAGAAAAGUACGGCAUCUUCUGCAGCUGCCACAACGAAGCCGUCAGCAAUUACAAGCUCCUGCUGCAGCAGAGCAAGAAGUUCCAGAACUUGAUCAAGAAAAUCGGCAACUUCUCCAUCGUGCGGCGGCUGGGCAUUCAGGAGUGCAUCCUGCUGAUCACGCAGCGCAUCACCAAGUACCCCGUGCUGGUGGAGCGCAUCAUCCAGAACACGGAAGCUGGCACCGAGGACUACGACGACCUGACCCAGGCCCUGAACCUCAUCAAAGACAUCAUCUCACAAGUGGACGCCAAGGUCAGCGAGUACGAGAAGGGCCAGCGGCUGCGGGAGAUCGCCGGGAAGAUGGACCUGAAGUCCUCCGGCAAGCUCAAGAAUGGGCUGACCUUCCGCAAGGAGGACAUGCUGCGGCGGCAGCUCCAGCUGGAGGGCCCACUGUGCUGGAAGGCCACGUCUGGCCGCCUGAAAGACAUUCUUGCUGUCCUGCUGACCGACGUGCUCUUGCUGCUGCAGGAAAAAGACCAGCGCUAUGUCUUCGCGUCCGUGGACUCAAAGCCGCCCAUCGUGUCUCUGCAUAAGCUCAUCGUGCGGGAAGUGGCCAACGAGGAGAAGGCCAUGUUCCUCAUCAGCGCCUCCCUGAAAGGGCCUGAGAUGUACGAGAUCCACACCGGCAGCAAGGAGGAGCGCAACACCUGGAUGGCCCACAUCCGCAGGGCCGUGGAGAGUUGUUCGGAUGAGGAGGAGGGGCCCUUCAGCGAGGCUGAAGAGGAAAGGAAGAUGGUUGAAGCCCGGGCCCUGCGGCUGAAAGAAUUCCAAGAGCGCCUGAGUGUGAAGGACCAGCUGAUCACCCAGAGCCUGGCCGAGAAGCAGCACAUCUUCCUGGAGAUGUCUGGGCUGAGUGGGCCGGAGGACAAUGUCCAGGGCCCCCAGGCAUGGCUCCUCUUCCGGGGCGGGAACCCCACCGAGAAGCUGCAGGGGGAGCUGAUCCUCAGGUCUGCCAUGACGGAGAUCGACGACAUCCAGAGCCUGCUCUGUAAGCGGCUGGGUAGCCCCAAUGGCCAGGCUGAGGAGGGCGGGGGCCCUCCCCGCCGGGCAGAGACCUUCGGGGGCUACGAGAGCAUCACGAACAAGAAUGGCAGCUUCAAGAAGAAGUUCUGUGAGUGGAAAGGCCCGCCCAGCUGCCCAGACUCAAGGCUCGGAGACACUGCAGGCCCCCCUGAGGAGACUCCCCAGGCAGCGGUCAUCACGCAGCAGGACAGCUUCGUGGAGCUGCAGCGGGCCACCAUCCAGGAGCGGGAGCGGCAGCUGCGGCUACAGUCGUCCCGGGGGAGCCUGCUGCUGGAGCAGGAGCGGCAGCGCACCUUUGAGAAGCAGCGCGAGGAGCUGGCAGGCGUGCAGAAGCUGCAAGGCCAGCUGCGCCAGGAGCAGCAGCGCUGGGAGCGGGAGCUGGCGCGGCAGCAGCAGGAGCGCGACCUGGCGGCCACGCGGCUGCAGGAGCGCGAGGCCGAGGCGCAGCGCCGGCAGGUGCAGCUGGACCAGGAGCACGCCGAGCUGGAGCGCCAGCGGCAGGCCUACCAGCAGGACCUGGAGCGGCUGCGGGAGGCCCAGCGCGCUGUGGAGAAGGAGCGGGAGCGGCUGGAGCAGAUGCGGAGGCUCAAGAAGCAGCUCACCGUGCCAGCCGGCGGGGCGCCGCCCACUGAGGUAGCCGCAGAGGCCCCAAGCUACCCUCCCAGCUUCAACGGGGACGGGCUAGAGGGACCCACGGCUCAGGUGCCAGGGCUUCGGGUGAGCGGGCUGCUGCCCGGUGCUGGGACCGAGUACACCGAGCGCCCUGGGGUGGCUCGCCGGGACAGUGCGCCGGCCGAGAGCCGCCUGGCCAAGAGCGACGUGCCCCUCCAGCUGCUCAGCACCACCAACCAGGCCCAGCGGCCAGCGGCCGUGCAGCAGCAGAUCCCCACCAAGCUGGCCGCCUUCACCAAGGGCAGCAAGGACAAGGCGGGCAAGAGCAGGGGCUCGCAGCGCUGGGACAGCACAGGCUCCUUCGACCUGAAGCAGCCGCUGCUCCUUGGCAAACUGAAGGGGAAGGACGAGAGUUCUACGCGCUCCCGCCGCCCGCUGAGCCCCGGCCUGCUGGGCACGCCGCCCCCAGAACCUGGCCUCCCGAGCCCCGCGCCCACAGACGUGUCACCACGGUCAAGUGGGAGCGCCUCGUCGCCGCCCGCACCUCCUGAGGACGAGUCUGGCAAGGAAGACGUCAUUUUCUUCUAA